AUGAAUCUUCCGAUGGCGUCGGAAGACGAUCGGCAAGUCGCGCAGGAGCUCGGGCUCCUCCUACGGGGCACUGGGGACGGAAAUGUGCCCUUCGGUCAGACUCGUUACGAGCAAGUGUCUAUAUCGGGAACGACUGGGGGGGCAGGAGACGGUUCCGCAGCGUCAGCGGGCGCAUCGCUAGCAGCGCAGUAUGGGCUGCGGGACCAGCAGGGGGCUGGAGGGGGCGCUAUGGCGGGCGGAAUGGCGGGCGCGGAGGGUUUUGGCGGUGCGCCUCCGGCGGGAGGGUAUGGCGGGCGGGACUACCCCCACAGGAGCGGUAGCGCUCCGCCGUCUGUGGAAGGGUCCAUCUUUGCGAUGGGUAAUUUCCCCGGGUUUUCUUUCAACCGUCAGUUUCUCGGCGCCGAUGCGCUGGGGAAUCAGCCCGGUGCCGGGGCUGACGGUGGCGGUGGCGGCGGCGGCGGCGGAGCAGCCGCUGCGAUUCAACUUCAGCAGCAGCAGCUCCAGCAGCAGCAGCAGCAGCAGCAGCAGUUGCAGAAGCAGCGGGAUGCGCGGAAGCUUCUAGAUCGUUUGCAGGACGAGGAGGCUCUAAGAGCCGAUCCGGGGUAUUUAGAGUACUACUACCGCAACCAUCACUUAAACCCCCGCCUUCCGCCGCCGCUUAUUUCCCGCGACACUUACCGCCUGGCGCAGCGGCUACAGUCUUCCGCCGCCCUAGGGCUCGGCGGAGAGGGCGCGCCGAAGUUCCCCGGCGGCGGAGAAGGCGCGGACAGGGGGGGAGGGGGGUAUGCGCAAGGGGGAGCGGGGGGUUAUGAGAUCCGCGCGGGGCUUGGUCAAGACGGCAGCGCGGGGGCGUUUGGGGAGGAUGGCGCGGGGAUGGGCUCGCUACGACCGUUCGAUGACGGGCAUGGUUUGCGAACGGGGAGAUCCUCAUCGUCCAAUCUGUUGUUUCCGCCGACCACGCUCCCCACUCAUCGGGAGGAGAUGGAGAGUCUGUUAGAGGAUGUCUUGAUCUAUUCUACCGCGCCUCACCUUCCGCGUCCCUCUUCCCCCUUCCCCGCCCGCCAGGAGGACUUCCCCCGCACGCCCUCCCCCAUCUUUGCGCUUCAGCGCGCAGCGAGCCGCUCAGGCGCGGACGAUUCCGCCGCCGCCACCGCCGCCGCCGCCGCCGCCGCCGCUGCUGCCGCCGCCGCGGUGCCGUCUUUCCUCAGCGCUUCCGCCAAUGACCUUCCGCGGCGCCCGCGCUCGUCUCUGCAGCUUGACGACGCGCACAGGCACGAGCUCGCGCUUCUCACCGCGGGGCUACAGGCUGGCGGAGGCGCGGGGGGAGCGGGGGGAAGGGGCGCGGGGAACACGCGCGGAGGGGGCGCGAGUAGCGUUCCCCCGCUCCUUGGCGCAGGGUCGCGCUCCGGAACUCCACUUAUCCCCCCCGGAUUGGUCGCGGGGAGGGUUAGCCCAGGGCUGGCGAUGCAGCUAGCAGCCGCCCAGGCUGCUUCGGCUGCCAAACCUGCCGGUCUGCCUCGGGCGCAGUCCCCAGCCUUUGGGGUAGCCUUCCUACACGAAUCCCUCCCCCUUCCGCCGGGUUCCGCCAGUUCCGCCGGUUCCCCAUUCCUCCCCCUGCACCUUGCUGGCGGGGCAGGCGCGCCUGGCUUCCCCCACGCGCUUCCCCCUGGCGGAGCAGGGGGAGGCUUGCCCGGGGGAGUGGUGGUGGUGGUGGCACUGCCCCGUGCUGCUGCUGGUGGUGGUGGUGGUGGUGGUGGUGGUGAUGGUGGUGGCGGUACUGUUUCACUAGAUGCCAACGCGCAGCACUACCUGCCUAGCGAAGCCGCCCAGUUCGCCGCCGCCGCUGCUCCAGCUGGCAUGAACAGUGGCGUUGGCCGGUCGAUGAGUGCAGGCGGCGGGGUGAGGCGGGUCGGGGCGGUGGCAUCUGAGGAAGGUACAACUGCUGGGCUGGGCACGGGUAGUGGCGAUAACACCGGUGGUGGCAGCGGUGGGAAUUUGGGCGGCGGUGGUGGCAUGGGUGGUGGUGCUAAUAUCGGAGGGGCUAAUAUGGGGGGUGCUUCUGACGCAAUGCUACCCCCAGAAGUGCGGCAGCUACUAGCCAUGCACCCACAGUACAGAGCGCAGAUUCUCGCAGGUUUAUCUGGGCUGGGAGUGUCCGGGGGCGGGGGAGGCUUAUCUGGUGCAGGGUUUACCGGAGGAGGAGGUAUGGGGGGGGGUCUGAGUGGUGGCGGCAGUGGUGGUGUGGGCGGCACUAGUGCUAGUGGGCUUGCUGCUGCUGCAGCAGCAGUAGGGGGAAUGGGCAUGGGCAUGGGCAUGGGCGUGAAUAUGGGUAUGGGUAUGGGUUCUGCUCCUUCUGCUUAUCUCCCCGGGGGCAGCCAGCCAAUGGGAAUCCCUGCUGACGUGGCGCGAUCUCGCGCCGCCGGCCUGCCAGCUGGCGCUCCGCACGGUGGUAAUAACAACCCUCCGAUGUACUAUGGAAGCCCUCCAGGAAGCUUCCUCCCUGUGAUGCCCUACCCGCCCUUAUCUCCUGCUGGUGGUGGUGGCGGGGGAGGGGCGGGCGGAGGAGGAUUGGUGCCAGCUGGCAUGUUGCCACAUCAGCAGGGCGGCAUGCUGAGUCAGCACCACCAGCACGGGCAGCCUGCGAAUCUGUACGAAUCGAUCCUAUUGGCUGAAGGAGGGCUGGGGGGGAUGGGGGGAGGAACGGGGCCGGCUGGGGUUGGGGGCGGGGGAAGCAUGAUGGGCGGAGGGGCAGGGGGGGGCGGAGGGGGCGGGGGGAAGGGGGGAGGUUACGCCAUGGGCGGAAUGAGCGGUGUGGGGGGAGCAGGCGGGGGAGCAGGGGCAGGGGGGAGCGGGAGGAGGGAGGAGAAAGGGGGAGGGCACGUGGUGGAGUUCAGUGCGGACCAGCAUGGCAGUCGGUUCAUCCAGCAGAAGCUAGAGAUGGCCACGGAUGCAGAAAAGGAGCUUGUGUUCUGUGAGGUGCUGCCUCGGGCGCUCUCCCUCAUGACGGACGUGUUCGGGAAUUACGUGAUUCAGAAGUUUUUCGAGCAUGGGUUGGACUCCCACAGGGCGGCACUGGCAGCGGAGUUGAAGGGGCAUGUGCUGGCGCUGGGGCUGCAGAUGUACGGCUGCCGGGUGAUUCAGAAGGCCUUGGAGGUUCUCCCACUGCCGCAGCAGCUGGAGAUCAUAGCAGAGCUGGAAGGCAGUGUGAUGCGGUGUGUGCGGGACCAGAACGGCAACCACGUCAUUCAGAAGUGCAUCGAGUGUGUGCCGCCCGCCCACAUAGCCUCUAUCGUCAACAGCUUCUACGGCCAAGUCGUGGCCUUGUCUACCCACCCGUACGGGUGCAGAGUCAUUCAGCGAGUGCUAGAGCAUUGCACGGAGGAGCAGAAGCAGAGGGGCGUGAUGGACGAAAUCAUGCGCUCCACCUGUGCUCUGGCCCAGGACCAGUACGGCAACUACGUCGUGCAGCACGUGUUGGAGCAUGGGAGCGAGGACGAGAGGAACGUGAUUAUAACGAAGCUGGCGGGGCAGAUAGUCACAAUGAGCCAGCACAAGUUCGCGUCCAACGUGAUUGAGAAGUGCCUGCAGUACGGCGGGCCGGCGCAGAAACAGCUUCUGCUGUCUGAGAUGCUGGGAAGGACAGACGAAAACGAGCCGUUGCAGGCUAUGAUGAAGGACCAGUUCGGUAACUACGUCGUGCAGAAGGUUCUAGAGACGUGCAGCGAGCAGCAGAGGGAGAUGGUGCUGGGGCGCAUCCGUGUGCAUCUGCACACUCUCAAGAAGUUCACAUAUGGGAAGCACAUUGUCGCACGGGUCGAGAAGCUGCUAGCUGCUGGAGGCCGUAUGCAGUCUCGGGCGGAGAGAGAGCGGGUGAUGGCACCCUCCUACUCAGGACCAGCUGGGGGAGGUUUUACUGGUGCAGGGAAUGUUGCAGGGAUGGGUUCGCGGUCGGGCGGCUCGGCUUCUAGUGCAGGAGGGGCAGCAGGACAGGCUGGCGGCUUGAUGAACUCCCGGCAAGGCACGCGCGAGAGGCUAUUCGACCGCGACGACCAGAGCCUCAAGUACAAGGGAGUGCAGAAGCAUGUCCGCGGCUGGCUCGUCAAGUACGCGUCGCGCGGCAAGACCGUCGUGCUGGGCGUUCGUCCGACGCAAGAGGAGGCGGCGUCUCUCUAUGACAAGUUCGCCUACAAGGUCCACGGCAACGCCGAAACGCUCAAUCUCGGUCUCACGCUCGCCGAGAAACGCGCCCUCGACGCUCUUUCCGACCGCGAGUUCCUCGCCAUCAUAAAAAAGGACAACUUCAAUCUAAGCUUCCGGAAAGGAUGGAGCUCGAAUUACAUCGGCGUGAGUUGGUAUGAAGACUAUGGCGGAUGGGUCGCGCAGGUGAAUAUGGGCGGGGUCACGCGGAAGAUCAAGCGCAGCAAGACGGAGGAGGUGGCCGCGGCGGCCGUCGAUCGCGCGCUGCUGCGACGGGACGGCGACCGUGCGAUCACGAACGCGAUGAUCUUCGGCGGGUGUAUUAAAGUCGAGACGCUCAUGGACCUCGAGGGGCUGCGCGACGCGGUGAUCCUGUCGCGAGUCGCUGAGAUGGAAGGUGGAGCAUCCGCCAAGUCGGUUUCCAUCGUCCCCGCAACCCAGUUGCCUCCAGGCAGUGAUUUGGUGGCGGGGUGGGCGGGCAAGCUACGCUGGGGAGUGAUGCACAACAAGGACAAGGGCGUGUGGGAGAUGGUGCUCUAUAUCGGGCCUAAGCCGUUUCUUAGGGGACGGACACAGCUAGGAGACGAGGCCGCACGCCUCUACGACAGGAUGGCCUACAAGUUCCGAGGCACGUCAGCUGUGCUCAACUUCGGCUUGUCCGCCGCUGAAAAGCUCGAGCUAGAACAGAUGACCAAGGACGAUUUCCACCUGCACCUGCGGAAAUCCUUCGUCCGCAGCUUCCGCUCGCGAUCCUGUCCGUCGAUCUACAAGGGCGUCAAGUGGGGCCCGCAGGAGCAGAAAUGGAUCGCCGCAAUCCGCGUGGGAAACCGGUUCUCUAAGAUUGGGAUGUAUGAUGCGGAAGAGGAGGCGGCUGCUGCGUACGAUCGGACGAUUGUGGAGGUCCGCGGGGUACAUGUGAUGACUAAUGCGAAGUUUGUGGACGGAGCAGAGGAGUUGGAACAGAUUGAGGAAUGGAUGGCGAAUGAGUGGGAGCAAGGGGACAUCGUGGGGUGGAUGGAAGGGGUUGCUCCUGGGGGUGAGGAGAAAGGGUUGAGCACACUUGUUCCUGCUGGUGCUGCUGCCGCUGGUGGCGCUGGUGGUGGUGGUGCUGGUGGCGCGGGGGAAGGCGGUGGCAAGGAGAAAGGGGAGGGCGAGGAGGAAGGGUCGCUAGCGAUUGACUUGGAAAUGGCUGGGUUAGACGAUGGGGAUGACGCUGCUGGUGGGGGAGAGGGCGGGGGGGAUGCUGACGGGGACUGGGAGGAGUUUUGUGAGACUACGGCGAGGGAGGUGGUGGGGGGAGCAGGCGCAGGCGGGGCGGAAGAUGGGGGGGACGGAACUGGCGCGGGUGGGAGCGGCGGGGCGGGGAAGAAGGGCACGGGAGGGAAGGGCGGGGAAGUUGGGGCAGAUGAGCUGGGGAACGCGCAUGCGUCUGUGGAACAGCUUCUGGCUGCUGCGGAGGCUGGGCCUGGGGGCGGGGCGGGGGCUGCGGGGGGUGGCGCAGGAGGCGUGGGAGAGGGGGAGGGAGAGGGAGAGGGAGAGGAGGAAGGGGAUGAUGUGAUGCUGGAGCUGAAUGAGGAUGACGAGGGGAAUGAGGUGGGGGAGGGCGGGGGGAAUGGAGGCAGGGGGGAGGGUGGGGGGGACGCGCAUGGGCGGGAUUGGAUGGACACAGUAGAAGGGGAUGAAGACAAAACGGAAGGUGGAGAAGGGAGAGGAGGAGAAGGGGGAGGGGAGGGGUCUAAGACUCCAGCCAAGGGACCGGGGCAGGAGGGGGAUGCAGGUGCAAUAACUCCUGCUGAAGGCCCCUCCCACUUCCCGCUCACCCCAGGUUCCGCCCCCUCCGCCCUCCAAAUCAGCACCGUUUCCACUCUAGCCGCCCCUACCUCGUCCUUCGGUGGCCCGGAUUCCUCUGGAUUACAGACCUACUCGGGGAAGCGGCCGCGGGGGCGGCCGAGGAUACAUGAGCAUCCGGAGGAGGAGAAGAAUCGGUUAUCGGAGAAGUAUAUGGGCGUGGAGUUCAAGGGGCGGACGAGGGCGUGGGAGGCGUUUCUAAUGUCGGGGCAGCGGCGGUAUAACUACGGGCAGCGGUAUACGGAGGAGGAGGCAGCACGGCUUCAUGACAAGGUGGCGUAUCGACUCAAGGGACCCACAGCCCCCACCAACUACCCUCUUGGAGAGGAGGACAAGGCACGUCUCGACUCAAUGACAGUCGAGGAAUUUUUAACCCACGUGCGCCGCACCAAUGUCAGCAGUGUCUUCCAGGGGCGGCGUGGCUCAUCCUUAUUCAAGGGCGUGAGCUGGAUGCCGGACAAGCAGCGGUGGGCGGCGCUAAUCAAACUAGACCAUGGAAAGGUGAGGAAGAUUGGAUUAUACACCACGGAAGAGGACGCAGCAGCAGCGUACGAUCGCGCUCUGAUCGAUCGCGACGGUCCAGAAGCUCUCACCAACGAGAGGUUUUUCCGGUCGCUAGACGACGAUGCUUUAGACCGGUUGCUGCAGUCGCGACGGUCUCGAGACGAGUCCUGCAACUGGAAGGAACGGGCGAAGUAUUUUCUCGAUAAUAUCGACAAGUUGGGCCAUAAGUCGAAGAGAGCGAGGGCUCCGUCACCUGUGGGAGCGCGGGGACUUGUAGGAGGGGGUGGUGGAGGGCCAGUGGGGUCGAGGGAGGGAGAAGAGGGGCCUCAGGCAGGGACGGCUGCUGCGCUGGGUGGGGGAGCGAUUAGCUCUCAGAAGGUGUCUCAGAGUGCUGCUGCUGGGAGGAAGGGGCGUGGAGGUGGUGCAGCUGGCGGUGGGAGGUAUGGGAGUGGAGGGAUGGGGAGUGGGGGGUAUGGGUAUAUGGGAGGGGGGAUGGUGGGUGGUGGGGGCGGGGUGAUGGGCAUGGGGGGGUACAUGGGGGUUGGGGUCAUGGGGGGGAAUGUCAUGGGGGCGAAUGUGAUGGGAUCGAAUGUGAUGGGUGCGAGUGUUAUGGGUAGCGGUGGGGGAUAUGGUUUAGAUCGGUGGGGUUUGUACCCUUCCCCUAUGGCUGCUACAGGGCAUCUAGCCCCAAACCGGCGGGGCAUGCCGGGUUUUAACCCGGGAGGGGGUGGAUUUGCAGGCGCCGGGGGAGGGAGAGAAGAAGGGUGGAGCGGUUGGGAGUGGUGGUGCUGGGUUCAAGAGAGGGAGAUAUGA